UCCGGUCCGACACACUCACACACACACACACACACACAAAUAUGCUUCAGUCAAACCAGAGCUGUAGCUCAUGCAGGUCGGUUGGAUUUCUGUCUGUUGUCCGUGUCCUUGUUGUGUUUGACUGACAGCGUGAGGUCUUGAUGAUCCUUUAUCCAGGCAUGAGUCUGCUGGGCAGUUUUUCCUGGCUCCUGAUAUUUUUGUGUGCAGACGCUCUUACCUCAGAGGGAGCGACUGCUGGGGUAGGGGGCGUGGCCUCGGAGAUGUGUCAUCAUUCGUGCGAGGACUUGAUGACAGUGCUCACUGAGCUGCAUGGGCUCCGAGCCCUCACCAGCAGCCUGCUUAAGGACCUGGGGAGAGCAACGGAGGAGAACGAGGAGAUCCGCAUCUCUCUGCAGGAGCUGGGGAACAGCAGCAGUCCGGGCAGCAGGCAGGAGGAGGAGUCUGAGUGUGUGCAGGACGGCCGCGUGUAUCCGGAGGACGAUGACUGGGAGCUGGACAGCUGCACGACCUGUAGCUGUCAGGAAGGGGAGGUGGUGUGCAGACAGGUGUCCUGCCCUGCCGUGUCAUGUUCAAGCCUCUCCUUUACUGAGGGCGAGUGCUGCCCCCAGUGUUCAGCUAAAGGCAGUGAAGAUGGCUGGUCCCCGUGGUCGGAGUGGACACAAUGUUCUGUCACUUGUGGGCGUGGAGCGCAACAAAGGGGACGUUCCUGCGAUGAUGUCAUCACGUCCUGCUCCGGGCCCUCCCUUCAGACACGCAGCUGCUCCCUGGUAAAGUGUGACCGCAAAGUGCGUGUGGACGGGGGCUGGGGACUGUGGUCUCCGUGGUCGGCGUGUUCCCUGACGUGUGGCGAGGGGAACAUCACGCGUGUGCGCCUCUGCAACGCCCCUCCUCCUCAGCGAGGGGGCCAAGACUGCGUCGGUGAAACCAAAGAGAUGCAGCCGUGCAACAACACACCUUGCCCCAUUGCCGGAGGCUGGGUUUCCUGGUCGUCGUGGACAGAAUGCUCGGUGUCGUGUGGGGGCGGACUGUCGAGCCGCCAGCGAGAGUGUUCCAACCCCAGCCCCCAGCACAGGGGCAGGAAGUGUGUUGGAGACUCGGUGGACUACGCAGCCUGCAACAGAGACGCCUGUCCUAUCGACAGCUGUCUAUCCAGGCCAUGCUUCCCAGGGGUGGACUGCGGCACCCACAGCGAUGGAUCGUGGGAGUGUGGACCUUGUCCGCUGGGUUACCAUGGAAACGGUUCGUUCUGCGAGGACGUGAAUGAGUGUGACGUCGAGGGUGUGUGUGUGACGGAGUGUGUGAACACUGAGCCGGGGUUCCACUGUCAACCCUGCCCGCCUCGCUACCGAGGAUCACAGCCAUACGGCCUCGGACUACACGCUGCCAAGACCUCCAAACAGAUGUGUGAGCCCUACAACCCUUGCAAAGACAAUACACACAAGUGCCACAAGCAUGCCAGGUGUGUGUACCUGGGCCUGUCCUCACAGCCCGUGUACCGCUGUGUGUGCGCUGUGGGUUUUGCCGGAGACGGCUUCCUAUGUGGCGAAGAUUCCGACCUGGACGGAUGGCCCAAUCACAUCUUGACAUGUCAUCUGAAUGCUACGUACCACUGCCAGGAGGAUAACUGUCCCAUCAUGCCAAACUCGGGGCAGGAAGACCGUGAUAAGGAUGGCUACGGGGAUGCCUGUGACCCUGAUGAUGACAAUGAUGACAUAAUUGAUGAAAGGGACAACUGUCCACUGGUGUACAACCCUCGGCAGUUUGACUCAGACAGGGAUGGGGUGGGGGACCGCUGUGAUAACUGCCCCUUCGAACCCAACCCCCUGCAGACAGACACGGACGCCAACGGAGAGGGGGACGCCUGCAGCAUAGACAUGGAUGGAGACGAGAUGCUGAAUGGGCACGACAACUGUCCUCUGGUGUACAACACAGACCAGAAGGACACUGAUCUGGACGGAGUGGGAGACCAGUGUGAUAACUGUCCCCUAAUCCACAACCCCUCACAGACUGACUCUGACAGCGACCUGGUCGGUGACAAGUGUGAUUACAACGAUGACAUUGACGAGGACGGCCAUCAGAAUUCUCUAGACAACUGCCCAUACAUCGCCAAUAGCAACCAGGUCGACCAUGACAAAGACGGAAAGGGCGAUGCCUGUGACCAUGACGAUGACAAUGACGGUAUCCCUGACGACCGUGACAACUGCAGACUGGUGCCGAACCCAGACCAGCUAGACGUGGAUGGGGAUUGUCGCGGAGAUGCCUGCCAGGAUGACUUUGACAACGACAGCAUCCCAGACGCUCUGGACCCGUGUCCUGAGAACAGUGACAUUGGAGCCACCGAUUUCAGAAAGUUUCAGUCGGUGCUGUUGGACCCCCGGGGCACGGCCCAGUCAGACCCGCUCUGGGUGAUCCGUAGUGAGGGGACAGAACUGCUGCAGACUGCCAACUCAGACCCUGGCAUUGCCCUCAGCUUUGAUAAGUUCAACGCGGUAGACUUCAGUGCAACGUUCUACGUGAACACAGACAGAGAUGAUGAUUACGCAGGGUUGGUGUUUGCCUACCAGUCCAGCAGACGCUUCUACGUGGUGAUGUGGAAACAGCUGUCUCAGGCCUACUGGGAGAAGAAGCCUUCUCGUGCCUUCGGCUCCGCUGGCGUCUCCAUCAAGGUGGUCAACUCCAACUCCGGCCCAGGCAGGGGCCUUCGCAAUGCCCUGUGGCAUACUGGCAACACCCGCCAUCAGGUCCGUACACUAUGGCAUGACUCCAACAACAUUGGCUGGAGGGACUACACAGCUUACCGCCUGCACCUCAUCCACAGGCCAAAGACUGGCUUCAUCCGGGUGGUGGUGUAUGAUGGCAGGGACAUCAUGGUAGACUCUGGCCCAGUGUAUGACCUCACGCUGGCUGGAGGCCGACUGGGGCUGUUUGUAUUCUCUCAAGAACACGUCCUCUUCUCAGACCUCAGAUAUGAGUGUCGAGAUAACUGAGCUCUUCAGUGGAAGCCCUAUCUGAUGACAACAAAGGGAACACCUGCUUGUGGUUGUUACUAAACAUAUACAUUCUUCAGUAAAGGUGCAUUGCAAUGUUUUAUACAUCAUUUCUUGGAAGAGCCAGGUCUGUAUGAUUAUUAUGCGCGUUCAAUUUAUCAUGAAGCUUUUCAGAAUUUUGUAAAACUGUGUAUAUUUACAAAGCUAUGUUUGCUUUGCAGAAGAAAAAUUUGUAAAUACUUAUUUAUUUAACAAUUUCUUUUGUAACAGUGUUACAAUACUCUACAUCUAUCUGAUCAUUGUAGUUCACACAAUAAAUAACAUUUUAGA